UUAAUUGGUUAAGACCAAAAAGCCACACUUUGCUGCUUUAGAAACUAACGCAUUCACGAAACCAUGCACUAAAAAUUGAUUUCUGUUAUCUAAACUUCCCAAAAAGAAACUAUAGUUUCUUAUCAACAAAAAUAUAUAUAUUGGGUAUUACUCUACCAUUCCGUUUUGCUUAAGCCAAAAUGUCUACCCCAACAUCAAAUUUUGAAGUGAACCCAUUUGACAAUACAUGUCAAUCUUCUUCUCCACCACCAUCACUAAUCAAACAAAAAUGUUCAACAAAGCUUAUGCAAAUAUUAUUUUCCGAGUUAAAAACACAACGGACUAUAGCCCUUCCUUUAUUAGCAAUGAAUUUGACAUGGUUCGCAAAAAUAGUGAUCACAACGGCUUUCCUAGGCCAGCUUGGAGAGCUCCGGUUAGCUGGAGGCACUCUUGGCUUCACUUUUGCUAAUGUAACUGGCUUCUCUGUCUUAAAUGGGCUAUGUGGUGCCAUGGAACCUAUCUGUGGUCAAGCUUAUGGGGCUAAAAAUUUUAGGCUAUUACACAAAACCCUUAUCAUGACAAUUUUCUUGUUGCUAUUAGCAACUCUUCCUAUAUCUUUCUUGUGGCUUAAUGUCGAGACAAUUCUAAUCCAUUUUGGCCAACAACAAGAGAUUUCACUUGUUGCAAAAACCUACCUUUUAUAUCUUCUCCCUGACUUGGCAAUCACUUGCUUACUUUGUCCUCUCAAAGCCUACUUGAGUUCACAAGGUAUGACAAUUCCUAUAAUGUUUAGCUCAGCUCUAGGCCUAGCCUUUCACAUACCCAUAAAUAUUUUCCUCGUAAAAAGCAGGGGUCUUGAGGGAAUACCCAUGGCUAUAUGGAUAACUGAUCUUAUAGUAAUGAUUUUACUAGCUUUAUAUGUGUUGGUGAAGGAAAAUAGUAAAGGAGGGAAGUGGAAAGAGGGAGGAUGGUUAGACCAAGGAGUUGAAGACUGGCUAAGGUUGCUAAAGCUUUGCGGACCGUGCUGCCUAACCAGCUGCCUUGAAUGGUGGUGUUGGGAGAUCUUAGUCUUGCUCACUGGGCGAUUGUCGAAUGCAAAGCAAGCAGUAGGAGUGUUAGCUAUUGUGUUGAACUUUGAUUACUUGCUGUUCUCUGUAAUGCUUUCACUAGCCACUUCUGCUUCAAUUCGUGUGUCAAAUGAGCUUGGGGCUAAUCAAGCAGGCUCUGCUUACCGCUCAGCUAAUGUUUCACUGGCGGUGAGUUCGGUUUCAGGUUGCAUUGGUGCGUUGGUGAUGGUAGGAGCAAGAGGUAUAUGGGGGCCUUUGUUUAGCCAUGACAAAGGCAUUGUAAGAGGUGUAACGAAGAUGAUGUUGCUAAUGGCGUUGAUAGAAGUGGUGAACUUUCCUCUGGCAGUUUGUGGAGGAAUCGCGAGAGGAACUGCCAGGCCAUGGUUGGGUAUGUACGCAAAUGUUGGUGGAUUCUAUUUAAUUGCUUUGCCAGUAGCUGUGCUUUUAGCCUUUAAAGCUGGACUUGGGCUUGGGGGGUUGCUGUUAGGUUUCCUGGUUGGGUUGGCAGCUUGCUUGAUGUUGUUAGUGGUGUUUAUUAUGAAGAUUGACUGGAAUGUAGAAGCUGGCAAAGCACAAAAACUAGCCAGUAACAUGGAAGAGACUAUUCAAGACAGAGAAAAUCAUAAAACUAGUGAUACAGUUGACAGUGCUUAUGUAUAAGAAUAACUUGGAAACAUUUGUUUCGUUUUGGUAUGUUAUAAUCAUAUCCUAAUUCAUCCGAUAGAUUCAUCUA